UCUCUUUCUCACUCCCUCACUCACUCCAUUUCUUUUUUGUUUUUGCUUUUUGUGUUGCCACGCCACACCAUUUCCUCCCUUGCUUUCGCUGCCGAAAAGCAAAAACCCCACCGGAAACCGUUGCCGGUUUUUCACUUUCACUUUCAGUUAAUUCACUUAUUCACUACUUAAAUACGACGAGGUAGAUCUAACCGUUUCACCACUCCUCGUUUCAGAUCGGUUCGAGAAUGCGUGGCACUGUUUUCAGAGCUUGCUGAAUCUUCUUCUUCAAGUUUGCAUUUUGGUCUUAAAAUGGAGGGCCCAUUAGUGCAACCAGGCGAAGAUCCUUUGAAAAAGCUGCAAAGUGAAGAAAAACAGUCCUCUGUAAGUUCAGUUGAGAGUGUGAAAAAGGUUCCAAAACUUGGGAAGCCUAGUGGUGCAGUAACAUCAAGAGUCGCAGCACCAACUAGUUCUAGUAGUAGAAAGAAAACAGACCUUAAAAGUGGAUCUGAAUCAAGUUCUAGGCUGACCAAACCUACUGUAAGUGCUUCUUUGAAAACUUCGAAUGCAGUUCCGGUGGUUAGACGAAACAGUACUGGUGGAGUGCCUGAGAAGUCAUUGAACUCUACAGCAAAGCAAACAAGUGUUGGUUCGACUGUCGGGAAAAAGACCACUUCUUCACCUUCGGAAUCUGUUAGGAGGUCUCUCCCUGAACUUAGAAGAAGUUCAUUGCCUUCAGAUGUUACAAAACCCACAAGUAGUCGAGUCAGUAGUUCUGAGGCAAGGAAGUCAGUUCCAGUUUCACCAGUGGGUCGAAGUUUGAGCAAAUCAACAGAGUCUGAGGCUAAGCAAGGGACUGUCAAGAAGGCUUCGAUUAAGCCGGCAUUGUCAGUUUCCUCUUCCUCACGAAGGGUUUCUUCAGCUUCAGUGGACAGUAGCAGCAGCAGUGUGAGUAGGAAGAAAAUUUCAAAGGUUUCUUCUCCGUCAGCUCGUUCACCUUCAAUUUCUAGUGGAUUGAGAACUGGGUCCUUGUCAUCAUCUUUGGAUAGGAGUUCCAAUUUAUCCGGACGGAGAAGAGCUGGGACACCAGAAAGCAAGGAUUCUCGAUUCAUUGUUCUUCCACAGGUGGAGAUCAAAGCUGGAGAUGAUGUGAGAUUGGAUCUUAGAGGUCAUAGAGUUCGCAGUCUUACUGCUAGUGGGCUGAACUUGCAACCAAAUCUAGAGUUUGUUUAUCUCAGAGACAAUCUCUUAUCAACAUUGGAAGGCAUUGAGAUACUGAAGCGGGUUAAGGUUCUUGAUUUGAGUUUCAAUGACUUUAAAGGGCCAGAAUUUGAACCUCUUGAGAAUUGCAAAGCCCUACAGCAACUUUAUCUUGCUGGGAAUCAAAUCACAUCACUUGGAAGCCUUCCGCAGCUCCCUAACUUGGAGUUUCUCUCUGUUGCUCAGAAUAAGUUAAAGUCUCUUUCCAUGGCAAGUCAGCCUCGGCUGCAGGUGUUAGCUGCGAGCAAAAACAAAAUAUCAACUCUAAAGGGUUUUCCGCACCUACCAGUCCUUGAGGUUAGUAUUGUGACUACUUUUUGGUAUAUAUCAAACAGCAUUUUAUUGAAAGAUUAA